CUAGUGUUCUUUCAGCCGCAGAACGAGCUCGCAUCGGAUUGGCUGAGCGGUUGUCAGGAGUGUUUACAGUAAAAAUGGCUUCCCCGUCUGCUGGAGAACUCCAAGAUAUGGAAGUGGACCGGAGGGGUGAGUCGGAGGAGUCUGGUGACGAUGAGACCAGGAGGAGGAGUAUUAACGGUGAUGUAGAUACAAAUCAACCUGUGACCACAAGUAAAGAAGAGUCUCCCGUAGACAUGGACACCAUAACUUUGGAUCCAGAGGAAGAGGAUGUUGAUCUUGUUCACUGUCGUAUCGGAAAGAUUGAGGGAUUGGAGGUUCUACAAAAAGCCAAAACACUGUCGUUACGACAAAACCUCAUCAAAAAGAUCGAAAAUCUUGAUAGUUUGAACUCACUGCGAGAACUAGAUCUUUAUGACAAUCAGAUCCGCAAACUGGAGAACCUGCACAACCUCACAGAGUUGGAGCAGCUUGACGUGUCCUUUAACAUUCUGAGGAAGGUGGAGGGUUUGGAGAAGUUGACUCAGCUGAAAAAGCUUUUUCUGCUUCAUAACAAAAUUACAACCAUUGGCAAUGUGGAUCACUUCACAGUCCUGGAGAUGCUGGAGCUGGGCUCCAAUCGCAUCCGGGUCAUAGAAAACCUGGAUACGCUCUCAUCACUGCAAAGUUUGUUUCUUGGUACUAAUAAAAUAACCAAACUUCAAAAUCUGGAGGGUUUGCACAACCUGACAGUGUUAAGUAUUCAGAGUAAUCGUAUUACUAAAAUGGAAGGUCUGCAGAACCUCGUUAACCUGAGGGAGCUUUAUCUGAGCCACAAUGGCAUUGAGAUUAUAGAGGGCUUGGAGAACAAUAAAAAGCUGACAACCUUGGACAUUGCAGCCAAUCGAAUAAAGAAAAUAGAGAACAUCAGCCACCUGACUGAACUGCAGGAGUUCUGGAUGAACGAUAAUCAGAUAGACAACUGGUCAGACCUGGACGAGCUGAAGAAUGCCAAGUCUUUGGAGACGGUCUAUCUUGAAAGAAACCCCCUACAGAAGGACCCGCAAUACCGGCGAAAGAUCAUGUUGGCUCUUCCCAGUGUACGCCAGAUUGAUGCCACCUUCAUCCGCUUUUAAACUGCAGUAUUCAACCCACAUGCAAACUUCACAGUGUUCUCCCUAGGCUCCUGCGUUUCCCUUCUCUGCAGUAACAAACUUCAUUUUGUAAGUCACUGAAUCAUACAUUCAAAAAGGAGCAUCCCCACAAUAAAGUCAUCCUUGGUUCUCUUAACAUACAUGGCAUGCAUGUAAGCUCUCAUUCAUACUUUGCUCAUCUGCGUUAUUGCACAGGGGCUUACUUAUUUAUUGAGUUGAAUAUGAACUGUUGAAAUAGCCGACGCCCUAUGUCGUCAUUUUUGCUCUACACUUAUUGUAGUUUUAUUGUUUUGCAUACAGCACACUAUAAUAGCCUCAUCUUCCUUAUAUGGUGCCCAAAAGCAAAGUAGAAAAUCUGUGUCAUUUAUUAUGUCAAUGUUGCAGUUAACAAAACAUAGGAAAGAGAUACAUUCUUUUUAAUUUAGGGUUUUUUUUUUACUAUUUGGUAUAAGUCUGUUCUUGCCGUGUACACAGCAACUGCAACAACAACAGUUUAACAAGACUAUUAGGUUGGGUUCAUACAUAUUCUAACCCUUACAAUACUACAACAGAACAAAUGAAAUUACAUUUUUCCAAUCUGCUCAUAAGUUUCAGCUACUGCAAAACUGUUCUGUAAUAAACAUGCCGCAAUCGCAAGAUGCAUCUAAAUGAGACGUGAAAGCAUCUGUCUUCUCUGAAAGAAACAUUUCAACAGCAAGUGAUGGAUGGUUGUAAAACACUGCUCAAAUUAGCUCAUCUUUAUUUCUGUUAACUCCAACUAGGCCAGUGUCCUGUUUUCAGAACAUCAACUGACCUGCACACUAUAAAUUUUCUGAUUUGGCAGAGUGUGUUUUCUACUACUGAAGCACUUAAGAUACUGUUUAAUUUUAUUUAGGCACUUCUGUGUUGUUAUGAUACACACAUAUAUAUAAAACAGUGCACUUAACUGUCGACAUAAAUAUGUUGGUUUUUCUCAGUCUUGUGGUCGUAACAUGCGCAAGGGAGAAGAAAGGUAAAUCAGGUGACUCAAAAUAUAGCAUCAUUGUUGGAGCUUAGACCAAUAGUUAGGGGUAAUAUAAUAAUCCAUUAUAGUAAAAUUCAACUGUGAUUUUUUUUUAACUUACUAAAAAUGAUGAUAGUGCAAAAGAUUUAAUAGCCAGUAGGAUAUAGUACUUAUUUAUGUUUUAUACAAACAUUGCUUCAACGUCUGAUGUGUUAUGUUUCGUACUCCCUAAUUGCAGUUAUCAGUAAUCUUGAAAUAAUCCUAUUUUACAACCCUUAACCUUUAACUCCACAAAUUGUGGAAAUGAAUUACUCCCAGUUGAUCAGACAUUUUAGAACUGAGCAUACCCAACAACUAAUUUUAAUGCAAUAAAAUGUCCUUUCUGCUCCAUUCCAUAUGCUGAUCAAACUCCAGCAGUUCAUAUCGACCAUGCAUUGCCAUGAAUACAUAUUAAAUAUACUUGUUUUAUUCCCAUUUUAGUAAAGACAUUUUCCACCUCAGGGCUGAACAGUCAUAUUAAUGUCACAAUAGCCUCAAUUUAGGUCCCAAGAUUUAAAAAAAAAAAUCUUUUUGCAUAAAACUUUUACAUAUCAUAUCACAUAUAAGCUUAAAGAUGGUUUACACAUUUGAAGAGAUGUGUAAAUAUCAAGUUUGUUUUGUGAAUAAGCAAACAUGUUGGUUUGUAUCAUAGAUGUCUAUAAUGAAGUAGAUUUUCUUUUUACUCUUACUGUUAUUAAAUUGUUAUUAAACUUGAACUUAAUUGCAUAGUUAGAAAGUACAAGGUUAAUGAGCUCACAUCAUAACAAAAUUUCUAAUUAGGGACAAAAUGAAGAAACAUCUCAGAAUAUAAAGUUAUUUUAUAAUUGGAUUUAACACUUAUUAAUGCCCAGUUGGACUGAACUUUGUGUGCACUUGUAAAAAUGGGAAGGGCACUUUCCUGGCAAAAAGUCAUUGAUACCUUAACUGAAGAGAUAUACCUUACUUUUCUUCUUGUUUGUGACCUGCAGCACAAUCGAGCAAUGUAUGAUGCCGUCACUUUACCUUUGUUGGGCUGUGAAUGAGCAGCUCAUUGCUUUUUACCUUUUGUUCCUUCAAUUGUUAGCGUUAGAUUAUGGACUUGGUUGAUUCUGUUUGAAAAUGAAUGUAUUAUGCAAAUAACAAUAAAAUGACACUAUUUGAGAA